ACGUCAUCAAGGGUGACCAAAGCAUCUCUGCACCAACCACUACAGUCAAUUUCAGCGCACACAAAACGGAAUCGGUUAAAUAUAAUUCUCCUUUCAGUUAAUUUAAUGCAUAAGGGUUUUAACUGUAUUCACUUUGUUGCGCAUUUCAAGUCAGUGAAAACACCGCAAGUCGUAUCAUAUGAGCGUUGCCCUUUGUCCCAGCCCAUUGUAUACAACAGAGGAAACCCUGUGCGGUGCAAGCAGCCAUCUUGGAUAUAGGCAGUCAAGGCAGGUCCCUUCUGAAGAGCUCAAGACAUAAAACAGACAAUUCCAGAGCCACGAUGGCCACGGCACCGUACAACUAUUCCUACAUUUUCAAAUACAUCAUUAUAGGGGAUAUGGGGGUAGGGAAGUCAUGUUUGCUUCACCAGUUCACAGAGAAGAAAUUCAUGGCAGACUGCCCCCACACGAUCGGCGUGGAGUUUGGCACUCGGAUAAUCGAGGUGAGCGGCCAGAAGAUCAAGCUGCAGAUCUGGGACACGGCAGGCCAGGAGCGCUUCAGGGCCGUCACACGCAGCUACUACAGGGGAGCCGCGGGGGCACUGAUGGUCUAUGACAUCACCAGGAGAAGCACAUACAACCACCUCAGUAGCUGGCUGACUGAUGCCAGAAACCUCACCAACCCCAAUACUGUCAUCAUCCUCAUAGGAAACAAAGCAGACCUGGAAGCCCAGAGGGAUGUCACAUAUGAGGAGGCCAAACAGUUUGCUGAGGAGAACGGUCUCUUAUUCCUGGAAGCCAGUGCAAAAACGGGUGAGAACGUGGAGGACGCCUUCCUGGAGGCGGCCAAGAAGAUUUACCAGAACAUCCAGGACGGCAGUCUGGACCUGAAUGCUGCGGAGUCGGGCGUCCAGCACAAGCCCUCCGCUCCCCAGGGAGGCCGGCUAACCAGCGAACCACAGCCCCAGAGGGAAGGCUGUGGCUGCUAAUAACCAACGCCUCUGUCCUCCUCCACCCCCAAUUUCUGUCUCUCUGCCUCUCUCCCCAUCCUCCCUCCAUCAACCCUGCCCCAGCCCCCUCCACUAGGGCUGCAUGAGUGUGGGGCAUGGGUGGAGGGAGGGAACGAGAGAUGGGCUGGCUGGACUGGGUCGUGUUAUAGUGUCUACAUCCUUCGGCCUCCUGUUUGUCUGUUUAUUAUUUUAUUUUUUUCUCGUUUUCAUUUCAGGCCUCCUCUUCCUCAUUUUCACAUUGUCUUCUUCUGACUCGUUCCCUCUCCUUCUCUUCAUCUCUUCCUCCUCCUCCUGCACCAUUUAGUCCAGCAAACUUUGGGAUCACACACAUUGACAUAUAAAGACAUGGGCUACUGAAACAUACGGCCGAUGUUCGUAACAAAACCAGAAUAAAUGCUUUUUUAACGUUUCCUUUUUAUAGCUUCUACUAAAUAAACACCCGUCAAGUUUCAUCCAAAGUCGAUAACCCUCACUGAGGUUGCACUGUCGAGACCCCCACCCCACCGCUCCUGCAUGGUUUCCUGAUCUAGGACUAUUUUAAUUGAAUUACAUUUGUAUGAUCCUAGUUGUUCCUUGAUGGUUUGAGCUCUUCCACUCGAGGAGGUUAGUGGAAACCCUAACGUCUGCUCUAGUUCCUGGUUCUUAACAGUGUCAUGGCAGGUGUGUGGCUUGGUCCCGUGGCCUGCUCUAUAACAGGUUUCCAUGCUCUACCUAAAGCUUUCCCCCAGUCAUAUGGUAAUGCUCUGAUGGCUGGCAGAGGUCAAAGAUGGUGUCAUGUAGUUCACCUAAGGUUGGCAACACUAGUCAAGUAGAGAGAGACACUUUAAAGCCCCAGAGACCUCCCAGAAACCCCUCCCCCUUCUUGGCGCUUCCUUUCUAGGUGAUGUCACAGGAAAGGCUCUGGGGGUUAUCCUGUGUGUGUGUUUGUGUUUGUUUGUGUGUCUGUGUCUGAGGCAGGAAUUGCUCAACUAAGUUAAUGAUUCAUGAAAAAAAUUAAACCCAGUAUCCUUAAUGGGAAGGAUUCUUUCAGAUCAUUCACUGCACAAACCUCCCUUCUUUUCCUCUCACCAGCCCUGGACCAUAGCAGUAAUGUCUGUCCUUACAAGCAUCUUUGUCUUUUGUUGCCUUAUUGUUAUGAUUAUUGUGAAUAUUAUUACUGUUUAAUCUUUGCUGCGCUUACUCCGCAUACUGAUGUUGGACUACAUUCUUGUCAAAUAAACAAAAUGUUUUACAG